CUCACCGACGGUGCCGGCGGCCGGCGUGGAGCAUGAGGGACCGCCUGGCAGAGCUGCGGCGGCGAGCCGCGGCCGAGGGGCACCCGCACGAGGACGCCUUGUGCUUCGACAACCCGGCGUUCAGCGGGGACGACGGCAGCCCUGUCAGCCGGGCGCUGCGGGAGGCGGCUGAGCUCUGGCGGGCGCUGGACCGGCUGGAGCAGCUCUCCGAGAGCAUCGACUGCACGCAGCAGACGGUGCUGUGCUGCACCUCCGAGGAGAGCGUCGCCCGGGAGAAGAGGGGCCUCGGCGCUGCCAGAGCCGCCUUCGCCCGCGAGGCCGUGGCGCUGCAGCCCCGGCUGGGCGCUCUGCCGGCGGCUCCGGAGGGGGGGACGGGGCGAGCGGGCCCCCGCGUCCGCCAGACCCAGCUGUGGCUGCUGCUGCGGCGGUACCGCGCCGUCCUCGCCCGACAUUAUGCCCGGGAGAACCGCUACCGGCAGAGGCUGAAGGAGCAGAUCGAGAGGCAGACGGAGCUGGCGGGCAUCGACCUGGGGGCCGAGGACUUGGACCGGCUGGCCGAAAGCCCCGAGGCACCCCGCAUCGUGGGCCGGGACCUGGAGGAGCUCAAGGCCAAGCAGCACCUGGCCUUGACCCGGGCGCGCCAGCGGCAGCUCCUUGACCUGGAAGCGCAGAUGGCGGAGCUGCACGGGCUCUUCCUGCAGCUGGAGGGGCUGCUGGCCGAGCAGCACGGGGCCGCCGACAGCGUGGAGCACUACGUCCUGCGCACCCUCGACUACGUCGCCCAGACCGGCGGCGAGGUGAAGAAGGCCUUCGCGUACCGGCGGCCGUCGCGGCUCUCGGCCCUGCUGACGGCGGCGCUCAGCCUCUGUGCCUGCUGCACCUGCCCGCCCUGCCUCGGCGGGACCGUCCGAGAACACAAGUCAAACAGCACCGCUGCCGUGGGAGCGCCGGGAAGCGUGCGUACGGGCGAUGGAAGGACGUGGUGCUGCGCUGGCUCCUGCUCCCGCCCAGCCUCUCCGUUCGAUGCGCGGUUGCCAAAGCAGCCUCCUGGGAAGCGCUGACGACUAUUUACGGACUCCCGGGACGUACAGAGAAGGGAAAAACCUCAGCGAGGUAGGGCAGGUGGCAAAUCCAAAUGCAGCGUAACUUAUAUUUAACCACGCUUUGUGCAGCUCCUCCGUGCAAACGACCUCCGUGUAGAGCUAGUGCCCGCCUUGGGACAGCCCUGGCUGUGGGUCACUGGGCACCAUCCUGCGCCGGCAGCCCUGCAGAACCGGUUGAGCUGCUCGGU